AGGACAUCCCGGGGAAGAAGCGGCGGCGGCAGAACACAGUCGGGUCCGCUACGUGCCGCUCAGCCACACUUUGUCCAGGCUCCUUUCUUCCAGCCGCAGGAUGUCUACUGACUUCUCAAGAUCUUUCCAGAACCUUCUGCUUCUGUUGUGUGCUGCCUCGGCUGCUGGAGGGAACAGCAGCGCACGAGGAAGAACCUUCGCCCUCUUCGACGCGUCCUUCACAGACGAGCCCUUCCCGCUCGACCACCUCUACGACCACGACAUGGACUUCCCGGCCAACCCCACCGCGAGGGCGCGCAACGCAACCGCCGCCAUCUCGGAGUCGGCGCUGCAGUUCCUGACGGGCCGCGUGUCCACGCUCCUCAUCCCGUCCUUCUACGCGCUGGUCUGCCUGGCGAGCAUCCCCGUCAACGUCUGCGCCGCGCUGGCCUUCAUCCGCCGCAUCCGCCCCAAGAAGCCGGCCGCCGUCUACAUGCUGAACCUGGCGUGCGCCGACCUGGUCUUCGCCUCGCUGCUGCCCUUCAAGAUUGCAUACCACUUCGCCGGCAACCACUGGGUGUUCGGCGAGGUCAUGUGCCGCGUGGUCACCGCCGCCUUCUACUGGAACAUGUACUGCUCGGUGCUGCUCAUCGCCUGCAUCAGCGUGGACCGCCUCCUCGCCGUGGUCUACCCCAUCGACUCCCUGGCGUGGAGGAGGCCGCGCAUCGCCACGGCGGCCUGCGCCGCCAUGUGGACGGUGUCCCUGGCCGCCUCGGCGCCGCUGGUGGCGUCGCGGCAGACGGUGCGCCUGGAGGAGCUGGGCGUCACCACCUGCCACGACGUCCAGCCCGUGGACCGGCUCCUGGGGCACUACAAGGUCUACUUCAUCACGCUGUGCUGCGCCCUCUUCCUCGGCCCCCUGCUGGUCACCGUGGGGUCCUACGCCCGCGUCAUCUGGUCUCUGAGCGCCGUCGCCCGCCGCGUCCCCGCCAGUUCGCGCCGGCGGAGCAGAGCCGUGGUGAUGGCGCUGACGGUGCUGGUCAUGUUCCUGCUCUGCUUCGCGCCCACCAACUGCCUCCUGCUCUUCCACUACGUCCACAUCCACAGGAGCGCCCAGGACGCCCCGGAAGGUUCCUACGCCGCCUACUUGGUCUUCCUGUGCUUGGGGAGCCUCAACUGCCUGCUGGACCCGCUGCUCUAUUUCUUCGGCUCCUCUCAGUGCCAGAGAGAACUGCUCGGGCUGCUCAGGUGCGGCAAGGCAGCCAAGACCUUCAGCGGCUCCUCGUCCGACUCCUACAGGUCCAGCACCAGAACCUUCCUCAAGCCCGGCUCCAGGAUCGACACGUCUGUCGCCAAGCAGGAUUCUUUGGGCGGGCAGUACAAGAAGCUUCUGGUCUGACCUCUGAGAACCAAAUGGACUUUUUGAACAUUUAACCUGGAACCAGGACCAGUCCAGGUCUUGGUCUCGUCCAACGAGACCAAGGCCCACAGAAAUAUGACACGCUAAGUCUUACAGCAGGAGGGGGAUUCAUUUGUCACGGUUUACCUGACACAUGAAACGUCCCAAUCAGUAUUUUGGUAUAACUAUGAUAUAUUUUGGGGUAUUAAGGUGUUAUUAUUCAUAAUCAGACCCCUCAACCUUGUCAAAAGCUCCCCAAACGUGUCCUACAAACAUUAUUUGUCUGUAAUAGUUUUCAUGUUACAGUUAUGAUUAAUAAGACGGUAAUAAGAAAAACUAUAAAACAUCAAUAACACAAAACUAUAUCACUUAAUAACAUAAAAACUAUAUCACUUAAUAACAUAAAAACUAUAUCACUUAAUAACAAAUCUAUAUCACUUAACAACAUAAAUCUAUAUUACUUAAUAACAUAAAAACUAUAUCACUUAGUAACAUAAAUUUAUAUUACUUAAUAAAAUAAAAACUAUAUUACUUAAUAACAUAAACUCUAUAAUAGCUACAGACAGAGAAUGUGCUGUUUUUUUAAGUGUAUUUUUCAAAUGUUAUUUACAAAAAUCCCAGAAUGUUCAUCAAUCUGAUAAAAGAAAACAGAGCAACUCCAACCUAAUCCCAGCUUUACAAUGUUUAAGAUGGAAAAAAAUACUACACUAAAAAAAAAAGAAAACCAAAAAUGUAUGAAAGCAACGGUAUCAAUAAUUGUAUUAAUAAUUGUUUAAAGUUUUUAAUUUAAAAAAAUUAUUCUUAAAAAAAUUAAAUACAAUUGGCAAAAAAUACCCCUAAAAAAAUAGCGUUUUAAUCGAAAAAUACAUUAAAAAAAAAAAGAUUUGCAAAAAAAAAAAGUUUUUUGUUUUUUUUCUUAGAAUCAAAUUCGAAUAGUAAUUAAUAGCAAUCGAGAUUUGGGUGUGAAUCAACUUUUUGAGCACCUUUCAUCAUAUGGCGUCAAAACUGACAAAAUCCCUGUGUGUAGAAACCAUACUCUGCAAUUAAUACAAGCAACAGUAUCAAUAAUAAUAUCAAUAAUAGUUGUUGAGUGUUUUAAUCAAAAAAUGUAUUUAAAAAAUACAUUUGCAAAAAAAAAAAAAAAAGGUUUUUUUUUUGUUUUUGUUUUUUUAAUUGAUUUAGAAUAGUAAUUAAUAAAAAUCGAGUUUUGGGUGUGAAUCAACUUAAUGAGCACCGUCAAAACAGUGACAGAAUUCCUGUAUAAAAACCAUACUCUGUAAUUAAUACAAGCAACAGUACCGAUAAUAAUAAUAUCAAUAAUAGUUGUUCAGUUUUUUAUAAACGAAAAAUAAAAUGUAAAAAAAAAAAACUUUGCACAAAAAA